AUUACUGUCAUGUUUUGGCAGUACCAGACUUCAAACAUGACAGUAUCUUCUAAACUUGGCAGUAAUUACUCCUAUUUUGGGAAUAAAAAACACGACAGUCCUAUUUUGGAAUUUCCAAACUGUUUUAGUCAUAUUUCGGGAACUUUCCCUUUUUAGAUUUGUGUGGACAUUUUUGGUUAAGACAUUUGAAGACAAACGGAUUCUGGGAACGCAGUAGCUGCAAGCAUUUCCCUCUCCACAUUCCUGCAAGUAUUUUUUUCUACUUGAUGCUCUUGGGUGUAUUCAAGUUCCAAUUCCUCGUAGGCUGCCUUCUCCUUCAAGUUAUUCCUGCUCCUUGAGUAUUUCCUUCUCCUUGAGGGAUCCAUUAUUCUAUGGUUGCACAGGAUGGAGAAGCAGCACGUUCCGCGGAAAAGAAGGUGGGGAUUGUUCAGACCCAGAGCGAUUUCUGCCAUCCACAGCAGCACCAUGUCUGAAAUGAGGCAAUUUGGGGGCGGCUCAAGUCGUCCCAGCACCUUUUCUGCGAAUGGUCUCACCAAAUCUCAUGUCGAGAGGGCUUUUGAUGUUGGCCAUGAUGAAGUCUCACUUCAGUUCGAAAAUUGUUACACAGCAUUGAAACUGCCCGGUCGUGGCAUGAACGUGCAAUUCCCUUUCUUUCACCGACAUCAGGAAAGUGUUGUACACGGUAACACUCUUCAUGUUGACUAUGUUCUCACAUGGAAGGGAUAAAAAGGGCCUUGGAGGAGGAAGAAAUCUUGACCCUUUCUCCAUUCCUAAAGAAACCAUGACUGGAGCAAUCAUGUACAAAAAACGAAUUAGAGAAACAUUGAAUGUGAAUGGAGCCAUAUCAUCUACUUUCCUCGAAAUGAUCUUUGUUGUUCUAUUAUUUUGCAAUUGAUAAUGAUAAAGGGUGUCUAUUUAUUUUACUUUCUUUUUAUGUACUGCCCUUUUAUCAGUUUAUGGAGUUAUUAUUUCAAGCUAUUUUAUUUCGUCUUUAUUUCUUUCCUAAACUUUUCU